CUCAGAUCGAGUUUUUGCUUCAUCGAAUCGAACAGAGGAGGAGAAGAAGAAGAAGAUCUCAGAAGAAGCAGAGCCGAGAGAAGAGGGUAAUUAGGGUUUAGGAGAGGAAUUAUAAUGGCGGAGGAUUUAGUUCUUGAUACGGCGAUCAGAGAUUGGGUUCUGAUUCCUCUCUCAGUUGUGAUGGUUCUUAUUGGUAUCUUGAGAUACUUUGUCUCUAAGCUUAUGCGUUCUUCUCCAACUCCAGAUGCUAAGAUGGUUAAGGAAGGGCAAGUUGUAAUCAGAGCUCGUAAUCUCAAAGUUGGUGCUAAUUUUAUCCCACCGAGAUCAUUUCGUACUCGGAGAUUCUACUUUACUAACGAGGAGAAUGGUUUGCUACAUGUUCCCAAGGGAGAAGCUACAAAUCCACAAGCUGCUAUGUUUUCUGAUCCUAACAUGGCCAUGGAUAUGAUGAAGAAAAACCUUUCCAUGAUUAUUCCCCAGACACUUACUUUUGCCUGGGUCAACUUCUUCUUCUCUGGAUUCGUUGCAGCCAAAAUACCUUUCCCAUUGACUCAAAGGUUCAGAUCAAUGUUACAGAAUGGCAUUGACUUGAGCACUGUUGAUGUUAGCUACGUGAGUAGUCGCUCUUGGUACUUUUUGAACUUGUUUGGAUUAAGAGGCUUGUUCAGUCUAAUUCUCGGAGAUGAAAAUGCCAUUGAUGACACACAACGCAUGAUGCAAAUGGGUGGGUUUGGAUUUGAUGCAUCAAAGAGCCUGGGUGCAGAGAAGGAUGGUCUCGACAUAAUUCAGCACGAAUGGGCUCUACCACGAUUUGAGCAGCGCGCAGAAUCAGUAUUAAGAAAACUCGUGAAGUAGAGAGAGACAUAGACGAUAUGGUUUUCAGACAGUUGUGGUUUUACUUCACUCAGAUGUUGAAAACAUUCAAGCUGUGUAGAAACUUGGAUUUGAAACCGAAUCUUAACAGUUAUUUCCUCUGUUUCAGCUAAAAUAGAUUCUGGUUCUGUUUUUCUAUUUUCUUUGAUUGUAAGUUGCAAAACUGAUGCUCUCUAUAAAAUUUUGGAUUCUCCAUAUUAGUACUA